AACAUCAGUAUCUCAAGAAAGAUGUCUAAUUCCAGCAGCAUGUUAGAACAUGAAAAAAGCAUGAAAAAAUGAUGGGUUUCAAAGUGGUACUUAGCUAAAUAACGCAAUUAUAAAGACAUUAAUUCCACAAUAGCCAUCAUUAGCAGGCGGCCAGGCAACCGUGCAUUAGUCUUGAGGGAGAAAAAAAAUCAUAAAAAAUGUCCUAAGACUUUAUACCUCUUCUCUUGCUGUACACUAACUGGGUAAUAAUAACAGCACAGAAAAAUCAGCCAGAGUUGUUGGCGGAGCUGAAAACUCCAAAGAAAUUAUUUAAAGCAUUUCUUGAGAAUGGCCCAAUUCAGCUGAAAUGUGUAAACAACUCUGUGCCAGGGUGGAAUUAAGACUUCUAAUGCAUGCAGGCACGUACACCUUCGCUUCAUUAGGACUUCCAGCACCCGUCAGCGCCUACGUUUUGCCAAUGUGCAUUUUUAGCCGAAAAUAAUUUGCUUCCAAGAAAGUUUGGAUAUAAAUCUAAGUUUACUUGAUUUAAUAGAAAACACAUUUACUGAACUUUCUGUCGUCUAUAUUUUUAGAUGUUGACAUGGAUCUUCUGCUAUCAUAAACUGGAAAACACGUCAAAUUAAUCUUGUAGGUUAAUUAGCUUUUUUUGCACAGCAAAAGUGACGGAUUUUAACUGCUUUACUGCAUCCAAACGUGCAUGCAUCUACCUUGUAUUUGUUGGAUGUCUCCUUCUCCCUUUAGAAAACCUGGAUCUUUGCAAUUUUUAUGAUUUUUUUUUUUUUUUUUCCUGUCAGAAGAACACAGUAUUUGUUGUGUUCCUAUCAAGUCCAGGUGCUGAUGCAGCAUGGAUAUUUGUGAAGUCUUGGCAGAAAGCAACAUUUUUUUUAUUUUUUUUUCUGAUGUAGUUGAAUAAGACAUUAUGUCAGUUUAUUCUUGUAACAUCACCCAACAUCGACUGUGUGCAGGCUGGGGAGACGUGACUAACACUUCCUGUGUCCAAAUGCAGUAAAGAAGAAAACAAAGUGAAGUAACCACUGCAGUUCAGCAGUACAGUUAACUGCAUGUUCACACAGAACCACAUAAAGGAAGGAUUCUUAUCUGUUCUGAUUCUGUUCAUUCUUACUUCUGAGUUUUCUUUUGUUACUGCUGUGUGAAAAUAAAUACAAAUGUGUUUGUCUUUCAGGGAUGGAAAUUCGAUGCUGCUGUCCUGGUGAAGCAAGCUAGCAAGGAGAAAGCGGGAAAUGAUGACGCACAGCGGAUAACAUCAACAUCAGACGGCCCAGCCAGCAUCCAGUGUGCCCACAUGAGCAUCCAUAGUGGAGCCAUGAUUCAGUUCUAACUGUGGGUAAUGCCAAGCAGUUUAACCAAUCCUGGAGAUGCCGAAGAGAAGAGAUAUUCUUGCCAUCGUACUGAUUGUGUUACCCUGGACUCUGCUCAUCACUGUUUGGCACCAAAGCGCGAUAGCUCCACUGCUUGCCAUCCGCAAGGCCUGUCACCACCUAGUAAAAGAGAUCUUUAUCAUUCCAGAGAGGCUUGCAGUCCACCACCAACAUCUCUCAGAUUCGGGUGGCGAGGGCAAGAGGGAGGCAGGAGGUCAGGACUCCAAAGAAUACUGCGCUUCAGACAAAGACAUCGUGGAGGUGGUGAGGACAGAGUAUGUGUACACGCGGCCUCCCCCGUGGUCUGACGUGCUCCCCACCAUCCACAUCAUCACCCCCACGUACAGCCGCCCUGUGCAGAAGGCCGAGUUGACACGGCUGGCAAACACUUUUCUCCAUGUGCCCAACCUGCACUGGAUCCUGGUGGAGGACUCCCAGAGGAGGACGCCUCUCGUCACGCGCCUCCUCAGAGAGACCGGGCUGAACUACACCCACCUCAACGUGGAGACCCCCAGGAACUAUAAACUGCGGGGGGACACUCGGGAUCCCAGGAUUCCGAGAGGAACCAUGCAGAGGAAUCUGGCUCUGCGGUGGCUGAGGGAGACCUUCAACGCCAACAACAGCCAAGCCGGAAUCGUCUACUUUGCUGAUGAUGACAAUACGUACAGCCUGGAGCUGUUUGAGGAGAUGAGAUCAACUCGGAAAGUGUCGGUGUGGCCCGUGGCUUUUGUGGGGGGGCUGCGGUACGAGUCCCCGAAGGUAAACGCAGCCGGAAAGGUCUACGGCUGGAAGACGGUGUUUGACCCCCAUCGGCCAUUUGCCAUCGACAUGGCCGGCUUUGCCAUCAACCUGAAGCUCAUCCUCUUCAAGCCACAGGCGUACUUUAAGCUCCGCGGAGUGAAGGGAGGCUAUCAGGAGAGCAGUUUGCUCCGAGAACUCGUCACCCUCAAUGACCUCGAGCCUAAAGCAGCCAAUUGCACUAAGAUAUUGGUUUGGCACACAAGAACAGAGAAGCCCGUCCUCGUGAACGAGGGGAAAAAAGGAUUCACAGACCCAAACGUGGAGAUUUGACCCAUUCCCUGACAGAACGUGGUGGCUGGCCUCAGACCUACAAGGAGAGAAAUCUGUGGAGGUCCAACCAGCACUUUUGUCCAAAUCAUCAGGAAAAUAGGGAAUGCUGAAGAGCAAUUAUUCCUCUGGAGUGACUCUGACGCGUCUAAAAAGGACCACAAAAAAAGGAGGACAAAUAUAUAUAUAUCCUAUGAAAGCACAGCUUUGUAUAAGGCAGUCGUCAUUGUUCGAGUCUUCAGGAGAAGAGAUUCCCUCACAGAACUGUGAUUCUACUGAAAGUUAAAUGACUGAGAAAAUAAAGACAGCACAAUAGGAAAAGCAUACAACACAUUCAAGCUAAACAAAAAAUAAUCCUUGACCUCAAAUGAAAAAAAAAAUAAAAACUGCAACUGAAACACAAGCAGGCCUGGGUUUGCAGAUGGCACACAAGAGAAGUUCCACUUGGAAUUGAAGGACUGAAUCAUCAGCCUUGAAGAAAAACAAGCCCAAGGACAAAGACUUCCCAUGUGGGUUUUUCCAUUGGAAAAACACAAACAGCAAAUGAAGGAAUGUUCUUUUGAUAACUAGAAUUGUGUGCUUUAAUUUAACUGGUUUAGGCAUUUUACAAACAUUUGAUCUGCUAGUUCAGCACUCUUAACAUCAUUUACUGUUGUGUUGUCAUUUCCCCAUUUUAUAGUGUCAUUGGAGUGGAUGCAUUUACACUGAGCUUUAGGAGAAAAUGCCCCCUCGGAGUUCAGGGGGGUGAACAAAAAACAUUUUGAAAGAUCAAAAAUCGUGACAGUCCUUUGGGAUUUCUGCUACACACGUUCAUAGAGAAACGGAUGAACAGAAACGUACUGUAAUUGCUGUUUUUAUAUAUAAAAGUAAAGCAGAAUCAAGUUUCCCCCCUUUUUGACAAACUUAAAGGCACAUCCGAACCAGAUUCUAUACGAGAACGAGUGAGGUUUUAUGAAAUGGUAUUUGUGCCUCUACAAUGUGAACUAGUCAGUUUUUAAAUAAAAAAAUUCUUAAAAAAAACAAAAUAUUGAGUUUUAAAACAAAACUUUCUAAGUAGCAAAUUAAAAUAUGAAACAUUUGCAUUUGUGAUACAAAUGUUUUUAGACGUCUUGCAUCUCACUUUCUCCGAAUCUUUGAUUUUGUGUUCUCACCUCUGAUCUCCAUGUGAUAUUUCUGCCACUAAACCAGCCAAUCACAGACGAGAGGGGUCAUGCCGAUAGGUCAGGAUCAGAGAUGGACAACUCCAGGCCUCCAGUGCUGAACACAUGGAUGUUUUCCAACAUAGCCUGCUCUGUCAUAUUCUCUUUGGCUGGACACACCUCAAUAGAGUUAUCAGUCAUAAAGUAGCAUGCAGAGACACCAAUCCUUGACGCCUGGAGUUGCCAAUCCCUGGUCUAGAAGUCGUAUUUUGUGUCUUUCUGCAUUCUACUCAGAGAAACGGGCCAGAAUGCUUGAAGACGACAGAAUCCUGCUCCAAGCAUAUGUCGUGUCUGCCGAAACACCCUCAACAUGAGGCAGAGACAACUGAUUGGAUAGAAUCAGUGGUCACCAACCUUUUUCAGGCCAAUAACCAGUUUAAAUUUAACAAAAUAUUUUUACAAAAUGCUACCACAAGAAAUUUAGUCUAAAAUUACAAGGAGAUUUUCUUUAAAUUUUUACUUUGUGAGGAAAAUUUUCCCUUUACGGACAAAGUGAAUGCUAACCACCAGAUGCUAGCUUCAGCUACGUCCAAAUGUUAAGGUGCGAUGGAUAAAUAAAGCAAAAUAAAACGAUGCAACCGUCGUGAAACUUGUAUUUUAUAAAUACAAUAUAAACUUGAAUCCACUUUGUCUCCAACUUGAUUAUCUAUAUGUGAGACAGUCGAGUCUGUCACUGUAUAUUGGACAGAGCAGCUUCUUCUACAUGAGAACAACUGUCUCCAUAAUUCCGUAUGUCGAGGAAAACUCCCAGUUUUGUCUGUAAACUGCAGCUUUAUUGGUCUCUGAAGUUGAAGGCUCUUUAGGUUUCCUCGCUGGCUCUUUUCUCACCGAAGAAACUUUCCAAGCAUGUUUUAUUGUUUGGUUUUUGUUAGCUUUUAGCUACUAGCUUAGCAAUCCAGCGAGCCGCUUUAAGUCACAUGACCAAGGCGGAUGUUAUGAAGAGAAUCCGUCAGUUUUCCAAAAUAAAACUUCCUUCAGGAUCAGAAAAUAAACUAAAGAGAAAUAAUCUAAGUUAGCGCAUGUUUCUUUAUUUUUUCUGAAGAUAGACCAGUACCAGUAUGACCCUCUUGUCUGUGAUUGGCUGGCUUGGUGGCACAACUAUCACACCGAGAUCAGAGUUGUGAACACAAAAUCAAAGAUAGGCAGGAAGCGAGAUGAUAGACUACGCAUCUAAAAACAGUUGUCGCAAAAGUAGGUUUUGAGAGCAAACCUUCCAUAUUCUUAUUUGCUAUUUAAAAAAGAUUUGUUCUAACAUUUUAGAACAUUUUGAUUACAAAACUGUGAUCCGUGUUCUUAUUGGAGUGGCACAGAUAUCACUUCAUUAAAUUUGAGACAAAAAAAAAAAAGAAUUCACACAUUACUCUCAUGUAGCUGUUUUGGGGCUAAAUGAGAAGAGAAAAAAAGGGAGUUUUAGUAAAUUAAAGCAUCUCCUUGUCUUUGCACAUUCAAUCUACAGUCUGCAUUCUCAGAUGUGUUUAUUUCAAGAAUAAAAAGACAGAAAAGUAGCUGCUGGAAGUCCUGACAACAACAAAAAUCUUUGAGUAGUGUUAUUUUGGAUGCAUGGCCCAAAUAAUGUGAUUUUCUUCCACAUAUGAAGUCAGGUGGGAAGAAAGAAUAGACAAGCACAAUAAAAAAAUAAAAUAAAAUGAAAUAAAGCUUAUUUUUUAAAUGAUGCUUUAUGUUUAUUACGAGAUGAUCAUAUCUUGCUGGUCUUACUCUGGUACACAUGUGGCGGCGAGGCAGAGAAAACUAUUUUAUACAUUACAGCGUGACACAUGUACUCUGCUUCACUAAUAAUCACACACAUUUUAUCAAACGCCGCCCCCAUACAGAGAAACCUGAUAUAAACUGCUGCACUAUUAAAAAAAAAUGUUUUUUUUUACUUAAAACCUACAAACUCCCUCUCUGACUGCAUGGUGUUAACAGGAUCAGCCAUUUAGACCACCAGCUAUCCUCCCAUUAUUUAUUCAAAAUCAGAUCUAAUAUAUUUAUUUAUGGAAACAUAUAUGUAUUUAUUUGAAGUUUGGAUGUGCAAUUUAAUUACAGCAGCUGUUUUUUCCAGCUGCUUUAAAAAAAAAAAAAAAACAAACAAAAAAAAACGCAUGCUCAGUCCACACAUGGUUUAUCACAUCCGUCAGCCGACUGUUUGCCACACUCCACUGGCUUUCCUUAAUCAAAUAAUCCAUCUAACACUGCAAUGAAAUGAGAGGCGCAGUCUUUUAUGGAAAAAAUGCCACCUUGUAUGGAGAAAAAAAGCAAAUUAUGUUCCUGUUGUUGUAUACUUUUCAAGUGAAGCAAAUCUGCUCUCAUCUUCUAAAUGUUGCUUUUGUCAAGGUGCAGGCAAACUCCUGUCCUGUGGUGUGCAGAUCAGCAUGUGGUCGGGCUGGUCUAACCAGAUUCUGUGAUGUUACUGGAUGUGAAGGGUCCUGAAGCGGCGGAAUUGUUCACACUUUCACCCUGAAUGUGAUGUUGUUACAACUUGACAGUAAAAAAAUCUGCUUAGUUUUUUUUUUCCCCCUUUGAAUGAAACAGCAAUAUUUCCCAUAGAACUCUACUGAAGCUGACCUUCCCGCAGCAAAACUUCAGCCUCAGCGUUUCAUGUUUGUUAAUAAGUGUCACAUACAUUCGGGGGGGCUUCUCUAAGGCACAUUCACACACACGAUCAACUCCUCCUUUUUCUUCAUCUCCACUGUCCUCUUCCAGCCUCAUGUGACUCACAUUUUAUGCAUGUGACUCUUAAGGAUGUUAAUUUGCCACAGCAAUUCUGUCUGAGAGAGAAAAAAAAUGUUAGUUCAAUUGAAAUAAAUAAAACUAGAAGAAACUCA